AUUUAGAAUAUUUUUCAAAUGAUUAUUGAUAACUUUGAUUUCUUCAUCUGAAAACUGCUUAUUCAUAUCAUUUAACAUAUAUCAAUUGGGGAAUGACUUAUAUUCAUAUAAAUUGAUUUAACUCUUUUUAUUUUUAAAAAUAAGACCAUUGACAGAGAAAUUUGUUAUAAAAAUUUUUUCCUAGUUUGUUAUUUCCCUUCUAAUCUUGGUUGCAUUGGUUUUGUUUAUACAAAAAUGUUUUAAUUUAAUAUAAUCAAAAUUAUUCAUUUUAUAUCUUGAAAUGUUUUCUAUCUCUUGUUUCGUCAUAAAUUCUUCACUUCUUCAUUGAUCUGACAGGUAAACUAUUCUGUAUUCCCCAUAUUUACUUAUAAUAUCACCCUUUAUGUCUAAACCAUAUACCCAUUUUGAACUUAUUUUGGUAUAGAGUGUGAUAUGUUGAUCUAAACGUAAUUUUUGCGAUACUGUUUUCCAUUUUUCCAAGCAGUUUUUGUCAGAUACUGAGUUCUUAUUCCAGAAGCUGAGACCUUCAGAUUUAUUAGACACUAGAGCGCUGAAGUAAUUUACCCCUACUCUAAUUCCAUUGAUCUGCCCUUCUAUUUCUUAGUCAGUACCAGAUUGUUUUAAUGAUUUAUAGUAUGAUGCUUUGUAGUAUGGUUUAAGAUCUGCUGCAGGCUCCCCUCCCAGUAAGCAUGGCGAGCGGGUAAGAGCCAGCGGGGCUGGGGUCCAGGGUCAAGGCCAAUCUCCCCCCCCCAAAAGGGUCUGGCCGGCUCUCCCAAGGUCUCUGGCUGCUCCAGGUCUAGCAGCCUCUGGCUAGCCUCCUUCCCCAGGCACCGGACUCUUCCCUCCUCAGCCCACCUCCUGCCCCUCCCUCAAUUGUCCUUUGGGACCCUCAGAGGAAAUGGGGGUGCCUCUUUGGUCAGACAGCCGCUGGCUGGAAUCUCCCCCUUACUCCAGCCUUGGGGACUGGGCAGCAGGUUGCUAGGGCUUCAGUUUUGCCCUCUGUAAAACGGGCAUCAUAAGGCUUGUGCAAGAAGAUCUGAUUGUGUAAAAGGAGUAUGGCAGAGACAGGUGCAAUGAUGGGGGGCGGCAGCAGGGGCCCUCCAGCUUACAGGCUGGUUUUAAAUCACAAACUCUCAAAACUCUUCAACCAACUGUGGGAUGCUGACCUAAACCUUUUGGGGCCUGGCAGAGACUAUGCCAUCUCCCUGCAGGGGAAGGCAGACUUUGUUCCCCAAGGGAUCCACAAGGCCCCUGAUCAUGCUUCGCAGGCACUCUUCCUCUGGGUGAAUGAGGGUCGGUUGCAAAGCACUAAGACCUUUGCAGGGGUAGCAGAAAAUUUGACUUUGGAGGAAGAAGCUGAAAACAACCGAUUUUUGGAUGCCAUCUUGGAGACCGAAGUGAUGAACCUUGCGCAUCAGUAUCUGGUGUGGAAAAACUUAUCUAAGCCCAGCCAGAGGGAUUUCAAGGCUCAGCUCUACAGCAUCUGGUUCCAGCUGUACACUCGGGAUGGACGCCAAGGGCCUGAUUCUUGUGGUUUUGAGCAUGUGUUUGUGGGUGAGACCCGGCAAGGCCAGGAAAUCCUGGGCUUCCAUAACUGGGUCCAGUUCUACCUGCAGGAGAAGCGGGGCAACAUCGAUUACAAGGGCUACGUGGCCAGGCAGCACAAGAGCCGGCCUGAUGAAGAUGACCAGGUGCUGAACCUUCAGUUCAGCUGGAAGGGAUUGGUGAAACCUGUGGGCAGCACCUUCUUGGGUGUGAGCCCUGAGUUCGAGUUUGCCCUCUUCACCAUUGUGUUCCUGCAGUCCCAGGAGAAGGUCACUAGGGUGCUUGUCGGCAUCGAGGAGUAUGAGCUCCAAAUUGUGGUCUACCACCAGGGCCACCAUAUUGGUUCUGCCUACCCCAAACUGUUCAGCAGCAACAAUGAGGAUCUGUACUAAAACUUGCCCUGGCUGGGCUGGGCUGGGGCCCCCAACCUGGAGGGAUGGUGGGUAAAUCCUUCUUGGUCAAAGCCUUUGGUUAGGAUUAGAAUAGAGAGGAACAGAAGCUGUUGUCUUGUAGGGUAGAAAUGGGGCUCUGCUGCUUGGGAACAAGA